UAACUACAAUCGCUUAGUGAUUCGCGCCGAAUAAUAAUAAUAAUAACCUUAUCAGUCCUCUCGCUUUACCAUCGUGGUCAAUAUACAGAUCAAAAUGCAGAUUACUCGGAUCCUCGCACCCGCCGUUGGGCUGUUUGCUGUUGCGAAUGCUUGGGGUGAGACCGCGGUUUGGACAACGGUUGUGGAAACUGACUACACUACCUACUGCCCGUCUCCUACCACCUUCGCCUGGCACAAUGUGACAUACACUGCUACGACAGAGACCACUCUCACCAUCACCAACUGUCCUUGCACCGUUACCUACUCUCAGCCUCCUCCAGUCACCAUAACCUCGUACCCUACGCCAACUCUUGUACCUACUGGAACUGCCCCUACCUCUUCUUACCCCUAUUCCAACGUGAGCUCAACGAUCAUCACUUACACUCCGGUGCCGUCAACUUACAUCUCCGGAACUGUCCCCAUCACUUCUCCUGAGGUUCCGACUAACGUUCCGACUAACGUCCCCAUCCCGCCAACAUCCUCUCUCCCGGCUCCAAUCCCCACGGCGGCUGCCAGCAAGGUUGGACCUAUUGGUGCUCUUCUUGCAGUUGGUCUUGCUGCAUUCGCUCUGUAAACGAAAUGAUUCCCCUCACCUUUUGGAUGAAGCUAUGAUUUGAUGUGGUUGGCAUCUGGGAAGCGGAAGUGUUUAGCGGCCUUGUUCUAUACCCUCAUUAAACCAAGCGAUACCCCUGGGAGCUUGGCA